AUGUCAUUUAACAGCCCAUUUUUUGAUUUCUUUGACAACAUCAACAACGAAGUUGAUGCUUUUAAUAGAUUGCUAGGUGAAGGCGGCUUGAGAGGCUAUGUGCCAAGACGCCAACUGGCAAAUGCUCCCGCUAAGGAUUCGACUGGCAAGGAGGUUGCUAAACCAAGUAGUUAUACGGGUGUCCUAUAUGAUCCUAGAGAUGAAACGUUGGACGAUUGGUUUGAUAAUGACUUGUCCUUGUUCCCAUCCGGUCUCGCCUUCCCUAGAAAUGUCACAGUUCCAGUUGAUAUUUUGGAUCACGACAAGAACUACGAGUUAAAAGUAGUGGUUCCUGGUGUUAAGAGCAAGAAAGAUAUUGAUAUUGAAUACCACCAAAAUAAAAAUCAAAUUCUGGUUUCCGGUGAGAUCCCAUCUUCUUUAAAUGAGGAAAGUAAGGAUAAGGUCAAGGUUAAAGAAAGCAGCUCUGGUAAAUUUAAGAGGGUCAUCACUUUGCCAGACUACCCAGGUGUGGAUGCAGACAAUAUUAAGGCAGAUUACGCAAGCGGUGUCUUGACUUUGACAGUUCCAAAAUUGAAGCCCCAAAAGGAUGGCAAGAGCCACGUCAAGAAAAUUGAGGUUUCAUCCCAAGAGUCAUGGGGCAAUUAA